GGGAGGGAGUGAGUGCACGGGGAGGGGUAGCGUGUAGUUGUAAAUGAAGCGGGGCUCUUGUGAACUUGAUGCGCCCACAGAGAGAGAGCAGAGCAGGGUGAGAGUGAGAGGGCAAGAGGAGAGCGGCGAGAAGCAGAGGGACGAGAAGAGAGGAGGAGGAAGAGGAGAGAGAGUAGAGACCGGAGGAGAGGAAAGGAGAGGGAGGAGCAGUGGAGAGCGAGAGAGAGAGCGAGGGAGGGAGCAGCAAGAGACAGGAUCCAGGCGUCUCUCCUCUCCCACCGCAACUCAGCCGCGUCCCGCAACGGAAACGGGCCCGACAUCAGCACCAUCAGCAGCAUCAGCAGCAGUACUAUCAGCAGCAGCAAUCAGCAAUCAGCCCCACGGGUAGCGGAGCCGCGGAGAGAUCGCGAUGGAGGAGCGCUCCGGCCUCUCCUGCUGCGCGUGGCGCGGGGCCACCCUCCUCCACCUCGUCCUCCUCCACCUCCUCCUCCUCCUCGUCGUCACGGCGGCCUCAGCUCUCCAGUCGGCGGCGUCGGGCGGGGACCCAGUCGCAGAGGGCCCCGGCUUGGGGGCUCGACCCCUGACCCCCGUGCACCUGAGGGCCCGCGUGACCCUGCCGGAAGGUCACCUGGCUUUCCUACUGCACACGGCCAACCCUCACGCGGACCUCUUCCGCAACGCCAGCGCGCGACUGCUGCAGGCCCCCUUCGUGAUGCUCGGCGCGCGUGGGGUGCGUCCCCUGUCAGAGCCGCGCGUCAACGCCACGUUUGGCCCCUUCCGGGUGUCUCGCCCCAUCCCUCCGGAGCUGCUGGGGCCGUCGCUGGGUGGCUGGUCGGAUGGACCUCGCGGCGGCCCAGACGCCGCCUCCUCCUCCUCCUCCGGAGGAGGGCCCGCCGGCAGUGGCCAGGCGGCAAGGCUGCGGGCCGUGCUGGUGCAGGAGAAGGUGUACUCCAGCUCGCCCAAAGUGCAGGUCCUAUUCCACGCGACGGGCCGCGACUGGGACGACCACAGCGACAUCGCGAGCCUGCCGUGCGUCCACCUCCACGCGUUCCGCGAGACGCGCGAGGCGCGCGGCUCCUGCCGCCUCGACACCAACCUGGGCCUGUGCCUCGCCGAGCUCGCCCUACCCCUCGCCUGGUUCGCGCCCCCCACCGUGGUGCCGGGCCGCAGGCAGAGGCCCUUGGGCGAGUCGCAGGCUGCGGCCCGCGUAGAGCUCUACUUCUCGGUCCGCCCGGCCGAGGCUGAUGGGAGUUGCCGUGGUGAUGAAGCCAGGCAGCAGCAACAGCGGGCAGGCGGCGGUGUCAGAGGCGUCAACUCCAGCUCCCGGCGCGGCCGCGACGCCCCCGGCACGCGGCACCACAGGCCGCUGCUGCGCAUCGGCAGCGUGGGCCUCCUGCUGUCGCCGCCGUCGCCCCCGGUGACCGAGUCGCGGCUGGAGGGCGGCGUCACGCUGCUCGUUCCGGAAAAGUCCUUCCGGCCCGGCGAGGUCAUCAGCAUCACCGUGACCCUGCCGCGCAACUCCACGCUGGAGCGAUUCACCGUGCGGGCCAAGGCGAAGAAGGGCAUCGAGGUGCUGGGGGCCCAGCCCGUCGACCCAUCCGCCUGGGAGCUCAGCAGCGACAUCAUCAACUCGGGCAAGCACCACGUGGUGGCGGUGGCGGCCACGCGGCGCCAACCCGGGCGCAGCCUCGCCGCCGGGGAGGAGGCGGCGGCGGUGGCCGUGCUGCGUGUGGACUUCGCGAUGGGAAACUUCACGAGCCAGUCCGUGACGCGCCGCAUCCUCUGGCAGCUGGAGCUCCACGGCGCCAAGAGGACCGCCUCCUCCUCGACCUCCUCAUCGUCCUCGUCACCGUCCACCUCGUCGCCCGACUCGGAGCGAGUGAUGACGGAGCUCACGGCCAUGCAGAAGGACAUUGUUGCCAUCGUCCCGGUCGCCAUGGACACGGAGCUGGUGAACACGGCGGUGCUGUCGGGCCGCACCGUCGCCGUGCCGGUGCGCGUCCUCUCCGUGGAGUCGAGCGGCACGCUGGCCGACGUGUCGGCGUUCGUCGAGUGCUCCUCCGCCAGCCCCGACACCGUCAAGGUGUCCGACGGCUGUGACUACGUCUAUGUGAACGGCAAGGAGAGCAAGGGCUCGCUGGGGGCGCUCGUGCGUUUCUCCUACGAGCACCUGAGCGGCAUGCUCACGGUCGCCGUGUGGCUGCCCCGGCUGCCCCUCACCGUGCUGCUCUCCGACUCGCAGCUGCAGCAGGUCAAAGGUUGGCGGGCCCCCCGCGGGGCGGCCGCGGGGCCGGUGCCCCCGCCGGUUACCAACGGCGCUGACGCUGCCGGGGCAGUGGCGCUCACCGGCAGAUCCUCACGGGCGAGCCGGGGCGAAGAUAACCGCAACGACGAUGACGAAGAAGCGGCGGCGGCCGCAGGUGGCGCCGCAGGUGGGGCCGCAGGUGGGGCCACAGGUGGGGCCGCAGGUGGGGCCGACGCCACCGAUGAGCUGGAGGAGCGACGUGGCCGUGGCUGCGCGCUGCUCUCCCAGCGCGCCACGGUGCGCGUGCUGGCCCGCUUCGAGGCCGAGGCCUCCGAGGGCUCCGGCCUGCGCACGCCCAUGCUGGGGCCUGACUGGCUGCUGGACGUGAGCGAGGUGGUGGCGCGCGCCGGCCUGGUGCGAGUUGCCAACCCGGCCGUGGCCGAGGUGCGGCAGCCGGGCCUCGUGGUGAUCGCCCGGGAGGCCGGAGUCACCGCCGUGCAGGUGGUGUCGCCGCUGUCGGAGGGCGUGCACGGCGAGGCGCCGCUGUCCGUGCUGGAGGAGCGCGUGGCGCUCGGGGCGCUGCGCCUCCUCCUCGUGGGCGGCCUCUCGCUCACCGUGGGCGCCGCACCGGGGACCCUGCCUGCCGUGCUCGCCAGCGUCGCCGCACGGCGCCUGCACGCCCACAAGCAGGAGGCGGUGCUGAGUGCGUGGCUCGAGUUCAGCGACGACACGGCCGCCCCGCUCGACAUCUACGACCCGGGCUCGUUCUCGCUGACGGUCACCUCGCUCGACGAGUCCGUGGUCUCCGUGCGGGCUCCGGCUCCCCGGGGCCAGGGCGACGGCGACCCCUGGGUGGGUCCGACAGUGACGGCCGAGGGCGAGGGCCGCGGCGACCUCCUCCGCGCCGAGCUCGGCGUACCGGACGUCUGCCAGAAGUCGAAGCGCAAGAGCGGCGUCGUGGCGGCGAGCACCUGCGCCGUCAACGUCAAGUUCGGUGCCGCCGCCGGGGACGCAGGCGGCCACGACUACGGAGAGCCGAGCACCGAUUACGGCAGCGACGCCAACGGCGCCUUGCCGGGCGGCGACAGACGGCCUCCGCCGCCUCCGACAUCGUCUCCACCACCGGGCCUCCCCGUGGCCUCGGACGAGGGCGAUGACAACAGCCGGGGGGUCGCCGACGCAUCCUCCUCCGCGGGGUCGACCGCGGCGACGACGACGACGAUGACGACUACGGCGGCGGUGACGACGAGCAGCGACGAGCGCUUCCGCGGCAUCCCCGACGACGUCGACUCGGAGAGGAGCCUCCCGGGGACCCCUCGCAGCCACGAGCGUGGCGAUGACGACGAGGACGACGAGGACGACGAGGACGACGAGGAGGAGCCGGACGAGCAGCGGGAGGCCGUGAUGACGUUGGAGGACGACGACGACGACGACGACGUGGAGAACCACGCGGUGCGCACCGAGGUGCCGCCGCCACCGUCGCCACGCUCCCUCACCGACCUGGAGAUCGGGAUGUAUGCGCUGCUCGCCGUCUUCUGCCUCGCCAUCGCCGUCUUCCUCGUCAACUGCAUGACCUUCGCCCUGCGCUACCGCGGCGCCGGUGGCAAGAAGGCGCACGGGGCGGGCGGCGCCGCGGCGACGGCCGCGGCGGCGGCGGGGGCGGCCGCCAACGGCAACGAGCGCUGCCCCUCCGGCGCCAAGCCUCACCGCGCGCACGACUGGGUUUGGCUCAACCAGCCGCAGCCGCGCUCGCCCACGCCCACCGACGUGACGCCCACCGACGGCGGCGGCCCCCCCGGCCGCGGCGGCCGCUCCGACGCGGCGCUGCUCGGACCGGGCGGCGGCGGCGGCGGCGCCGCCGGCGGCGGCGGCGUCGGUAACGGCGUCGCGGAAGCCUCGCUCAACUCGCCGACGUCCAAGCGCAAGAGGGUGAAGUUCACGACGUUCGCGGCCGGAGCGCCGGACGCGGCGGCGGCGGCGGAGUCGUCGCCGCUGCAGCCGCGACCGCCACCGUCCCCGCCGGCCGUGGGCGCGAGCGCGGAGGACCUGGAGUGGGUGUGCCGCGACAUGGGACUGCGGGAGCCCGACGCCUUCCGGAACUACAUGGAGCGCAUCAAGGAGCGCGUGUGACUGCGUCGGGGGCACGGAGGGCGCGAGCGGCGGUCGGAAGGUCGCGAGUUGGAGCCCUGGGCCAGGCAGCCCGCGUAACGAACUUUGCCGGAAGGCGGCAGCGGUGGCGGUUGUGAUAAUUCGGAUGGACUGGGCCCCCCGCCGUGUGAAUGUGGAGUUGACACCGCUGGCUCGGGACCAUCGUUAAGGGAUAGAAGCCGCCGCAGCAGCACCCCCCCCCCCUCUUCGCCCGUGCGGUGCCCGCUGGAACCGUGGGAGACGCUCUGACUACGCCGUAGGUGUCGUUCGCUCGCGACGCUGAGCAUCAGCCACGGCUUCUCGUCACUCGAGGCGCCACCGCUCGCCGCAACGUUAGGUAGAAGAAGAA